GCAGAAUUACUCCACCAGAUUUACGGACUCCCGACAUCUGGGCGAGAGACUGCUUUAGCAGCAGCCGACCGACUCAAACUCCGACCCGGAGGACAAAAUCCAUCCAGCCUCCGGUCCGCAACCUGAGCCAGGCGCUGUGGCGGAACCGCGUGGGAAAACCCGGGAGAGGCAGGCGACAGGAGAAGUGAAGCCGAACUCUGGACAUAUGCUGAGAUGACACACUUGUGAACACACCUUAAGAGAGACCCAACAACUUUUGGGGGAAACACCCUCACAAUUUUUCUUCAGCCGCAGUCAAAACUUUCAGCUGAGACCAGAAGAAAUUCUCAUUAAUAAAAACAAAAUGUAUCGGUCCACUAAAGGAGCAUCGAAAGCUCGGAGGGACCAAAUCAAUGCGGAGAUUAGGAACCUAAAGGACUUGUUGCCUAUCUCCGAUGCGGACAAGUCUCGACUCUCCUAUCUUCAUAUCAUGUCGCUAGCAUGCAUGUAUACGAGGAAGGCUGUCUUCUUCAGUCAAGAAACAGCUACUGAAAGCACUGCAGAGGAAAGCCCUGGAUUCCUUUCAUUUCACGAACUAAAUGAGUUGGUACAAGUGAUGCCAGGUUUUCUGCUUCUGUUGACCGGAGAAGGAAAGCUACUUUAUCUGUCAGAGAGCGUCGCUGAGCACCUCGGACACUCAAUGGUAGAUUUGGUUGCUCAAGGUGACAGCGUGUAUGACAUAAUAGACCCCACAGACCACUUUAUCAUGAGGAGUAACUUGGUACCUCCAACUUCACCUGACACAGAGCGUUUGUUUCGCUGCAGAUUCAACACCUCAAAAUCAGUGCGUAGGCAGAGUGCAGGCAAUAAGCUUGUUCUCAUCCGAGCCCACUGCCUGACACAAACCCCCAGUCAAUCUUCCCCAGCAUCCUACUGGACUUCCAACCAAGUGUGGCUAUGUUUCUGUGCUCCUCUGGAGCCGCACACCCCCCAAACGGCAGCUGUCUCGGAGCGUGAACCACCCUCAGCACUAGAGAGCAGCUUCUUCCUGCCAUGUUUCCAUUCACAGCACAGCCGUGACAUGAGACUUCAGGAGGCACAAGACAGCAUAAAUGUUUAUUUGGGUAUGAAUGUGGAGACUCUGCGGGCCCAAUCCUGGUAUAGCUUUGUGCAUCCUCAAGAUCUUUCACAUGCCUCUGCUCAGCACUGCAGCCUGUUGAGAGAAGGUGGAGAAGGCAGAGCUGAGAUGGUGGUACGCAUAGAGACUGCAGAUCACUCAUGGGUCUGGCUUUACAUGGUCCUGCAGCUGGAAACUGGGGAAAAUCCUAUUGUCAGUAACAAUUAUAUCAUCAGUGAAACAGAGGCUUGGUCAGUCAGGCAGCAGUUGAGCUCUGAACAGACCCAGCUCUCCUUGGUGCUGGGCUCAAGCACUUCCCAACAAGAGAGCUUAAGCUUACAAAGCCCAGAAACACUCUCCAGCCCUGACCAAGUGUUUACACCAGGAAGCAGUGGCCUUUCUGGUCAAUCAUUUGACUUCAGCACGGCUGCAUGCAGUGCAGGUUCUACAGAGGAGCAAGGUGGCAGCUCGUCAAUGGAGCCCACACAACUGGAAAGUGGCCCACGUUCCAGCCUCUCCUCUCUGGAAGAGGAGAGCUUCUUCCAGCACGAGCCUAGUGAACCUGUGGCUAGUCCUUCCUCUGCAUCAUCUCCCAUUCCAGUCACAGUUGCAACAGUGUCAGAUUUGGACUUCCUCACUCAAAAUAUUUUGCUUCCACCAGCAUUCCAGAUAGACCCCCCUCUGCCAGCCUUGCCCCUCCCUCUUCCACCUGUGCCUACCUCCCAGGCCCAACAGACCAAGGAGUUUGUGUGCACGCCUCCAUAUACACCUCAACUAGGUGGGAGCAAUUUUCCCUUCGGGGAACCUCAUUUCAGCUUCGAUCCUACUGGAGCCACCUCACCACCUCCGCUUGCUCCAACUACAACAGUAACGACCACAGUGGCUCAAUCUCUUUCUCCAUCUGCUCCAUCAGAGCCACAAAGCAGCCCACCUCCUCCUCCAACAACAACACUCUCUCUUCUGCCUCUCACCAUAACAUCUCCAACCACCGAGAUUCUUUUCCCAGUGGAGCCAUGCGGUGGCUCGCUCUAUGAGAAACUUCCUCCUACUCCUGACAGUCCAGGUGAUGGGGAUUGCACGGUAAUGACAUUGCCAGAGGUUCGCGGUCCACUGUUUGUUGAUGUCCCCCACGGACCCUUCCCACAUCCACCAGAGGGUCUCCUCACACCUGAAGCCUCACCUGGAAAACAACCCAGCCUAUCCUUUUUCUCCUCACUGCGUGAGAGAGAAAAGGAAAGAACAGAGAUCUCACUUUUAGCCCAGCACAUUAGCACACUAGCAGAGGGCUUCUACCUAGAUCCAUUCUUUGCCAAGCUUGUUCCUUCUACCAUCUCUCCACAACCUCAAUCUCCAUUUCUGGAUUCCGGAUUCGAGUCAAUCCCACUGUUUGGUGAAUUCUACCAACUCAAGUCCUGGAAAGGUUUGGAUGUGCCCAUCUUCCCUGAUGAUGAAUCUCUGUUCGAGGAGAAUGUUUUAGAGACCCUCCUGCAGGACCUCUCGUCUUCUCCUCCCCUUUCACCUACACCCUCCUCCUCCUCCAGCCCUCCCUCCUCACCAUCUACUCCUGAGUGCUGGUGUCCAACCCUGCACUUUGACGGGAUCUCUGCUGUGAGUGCCGGUCACUUCUGUAGCGUCCAAUCGGCGCACUGUAACAAUGUGGCCGGGCGAGGGGCUGCGAUGUCGCCAGUCAACACAGGCAAUUUGGCAGAUGGGAAGGCGGAAGGGGAAACUGCCAUGGAGACAGAGGUAGCAUCAUCACCUCUGUUCAUAGGCAUACCAGCAUCACCACCUCUACAGCUGACUGCCUCUCCCGCCUCCCCAGUUACGGUCUCCUUGCCUGUCAGCCCCGCGUCGCCCGGCCUGCCCUGCGCCCAGUCCCUCCUCGAGGAGCUGGCCGCCCUGGAACCCAUGUUUGGGGCAGGUGCCUCGAUCGCCCCCGGCUUGGGGCAACAACCUGAGUUGUAUCAACUCCAACGUCAUGCGCCGCAACAGUGCUUCCGCAAAGAUGGGAGUGGAAGUGAUCCUCCGUUCUAAAAUAAGUCUGUGACUUACUUCAUUAAGUAUGGCAUAUUGUCAUAUUUCAUGGAGCUACUUUUUCUGAAAAGUGAAUAUUAUUUAACUGUAUAAAUAUAUACAUAAUGUAUAUAAUGCCAAAAAGACUUGAACUUCCUCAAAUCUAUUGAGAGUAAAUAGUCAUGUUCACAAUUGUUCAUCUAAUUAUCCAUCAAUUUAUGUUAACAAAAUGCAACCCUUUGGUAGCAAUGCAAUAUAUAAGUCUUAAAAAAGUCCCAAGGCGACUUAAUUCAAUCUAUGUUCUGCUAUAAUGUAACAACAGCUUUUAUGAGUGAGAGCUCUGACUUUGUAAGUGCAAACCGACUUACAGACUUGCAUUUGUAUUCACUUGUAGUGAAAAAAGAUUCUUUAAUAUUUCAACAGAUAGAUAAUGGCUCAGUGCUUGUCAUCCAGCAUCACACACACACAAAGCCCAAUGGGUGAUAAAUAUUCACGUCUAUUCAUACGAUCGAUAGGUCAUUUCAAAUAGUGACCAGUGUUUAAAUGUUGAUUCAUUUAUCAUUAUCCAAUCCUGUAAUAUCAAAGUAAAUCUAACAUUGAUAUAAAUGAGACUACAUUGGGCUUUGAGUUUGUGAAUGCAAAAGACAUUUCAUUUCAAAUGUGUAUCAAGUGAUGUACAAAAAUGUGAUCAAAUUCCACUUUGUGUGCAAGACAAGUCAAGUUUUCCCACUGUUCUCUUACUGGCCGGUGGACACAAGCUGCAGAAGAUGCCGCCAGAGAGGACAAAAUUUUGUGCAUGGCUUUGCAUGCACGGACAUUGCUGGACAGACUUCUCUACAGAGAGACGAAGUAACAAAUCCUUUAGCCGGCAACUCUGAUGAGCCCGGCUAGAAGCAAUUGCACUGGACUUUUGCAGCAUCAAUAUUUGUAAUGCUCGCAAUCUGCAGAAGUUCUUGUGUGCGUGGCACAUCAAGAGGUUGCAGACCUAAAAGAAACAGCACCUUUAUUCAGUGAAUACCACGGUGACAUCGUAACCUUGCCGUCUGCGGUGUGGAGUGGUGACAUGAUGUGUGAAUGAACGAUUCUUCUUUUUUGAGAGGGGUUAACAAACGAAACAAAGUUUUGUUUUAAAAAAUGAACUGGAAAAUAGGGAUGAGGUUCUAUUUCUAUUUAGUUACUAAUCGACACGGGUUGAGAAUGGUUCAAUUCCCAUGGUGUCGACAUGCUAACGUAGAGUUGUCUACGGUCAAGUAAAGGAUUGAUUCCUAUGUUUUAGCUAUUUACAUGCUACGUUUAAAACGUUUUAAACAGUAUUUAAUGGUAUGUAUGCUGUUUUACAGAAUGAGUGCUUGGUGCACGUGCCUCUACCUGGGCAUGCUGCGGAAGGGUUAAAGAUUGUAAUAAUUUGUACAUCUGUACAAACAACAGCCUGUACAUAUCAGAGACAUUUCUAUAUAGUAUGGUAUGAAAACAUACUUGACAUAUGCUAUUUAUGAAGAAUGGACAUUGUGGAUCAGUGUUCUUAUGUGUCGCUGAUAAGUGUAUUUGGUUGUCAAAACAGAGGUAUUUAUAUUAAAGUGCACUUUAAAGUA